CCCCCUUGCGCCGCCCUAUUGGCCCGAGCGGAAGACCCGCGAGGGCCACGGCGGGAAUUCCUUCUCUCAUUGGACACCCUCGGCUUUUAGGGGCGGGACGUUAUCCCUGAACUCAGGUGACCCAAGAUUUGAGAGCCCCGCGGUCCGGUCCGGGUGGGCUUUGGAGCAAGAGGAGGGAGGCGUCAUGGCAUCUGGUUAUAAAAGAUCAAACUUGGGAGCUUCUCAGCGAAGGAAAAGUGGAUUGAAACAUGAAUUGUCAGAAGAGCAAAAGCAGGAGGUCAGAGAAGCUUUUGAUUUGUUUGAUACGGAUGGUUCUGGAACAAUUGACAUUAAAGAACUGAAGGUUGCAAUGCGUGCACUUGGCUUUGAGCCAAAGAAAGAAGAAAUUAGAAAGAUGAUAGCAGAAAUUGGAAAAGAAGGAAGUAGUGUCAUAGAAUUUGAAGACUUUUUGACUAUGAUGACCCAAAAAAUGAGUGAAAAAGAUGGUAAAGAAGAAAUCCUGAAGGCUUUUCGAUUGUUUGAUGAUGAUGGUACAGGCAAAAUUUCCUUCAAAAAUCUAAAGCGAGUUUCCAAGGAACUUGGAGAAAAUUUGACAGAUGAAGAACUGCAGGAAAUGAUAGAUGAAGCUGAUCGUGAUGGAGAUGGAGAAAUAAAUGAGCAAGAAUUCUUGAGAAUCAUGAAAAAGACCAAUCUAUAUUAAUGGCUUUGUAAUGUUUAAAAUUCAUCUACAAGGACAUGCAAAUAUCAUAAUGUUUUCUGCUGUUUUCUCAUAUGUGGAAGAGGAUACUACUUCAGGGAAGUGAGAGGAUCCUUUUCAAAAUCUCAAUAUUAUUCAUCAAUUUUUCAAGUUCAAGUGUGUUUUACUGAAAUGAAACAAUGUCUGUGCCUCCUUAUUAAACCCAAAAUUGGGCCGUAGAUACCUUCCUUUGACCCAUAAGGGUGAUGAUUUAGUGUUCCAUUUAAAGCAAAAUUAAUAACAAUAGGAUGUAUAAUGUCCUUCUAAAAAUAAGCAUUUUGUGCCAACAUACAGUUGGCUUGCUCCUUUUGACUAUGGCAUGACUUUCAUUCUGGUGAGUCUGAAAACAGACAAACUAUAUCUCCCGCUUAACUGUUGUGACACUGAACUUCUGUGAUGUAAAACUCUGGAAAAGGAUGAAAACCCUUAGUAGCUGUAGCAAGACUCCUCACAGUUCAAUAAGGCUAAGAGGCUGCACCUGGCCAGCUUCUCCUGUGCAGUUAUUCAAAUGCAAAUAUUUUCAAUCUCUUACAGAAACAGGCACCCUUCAAGUAGGAAAACCAUUUUUCUUCCCUCAGGUAAACACUUUUUGAGCUUUUUGUGUCUGAGCAAAAUAAUGAGAAUUAUUCAUAAAGAUAUAAUGCUUUUCAACUGUAAGCUGAAAUGCAUGUUACACGAGAGUAGCAUUGAUACUUCUCGGCUGUUUUGUGUGAUUUGUCGAAGUGAGAAACAGCCACAGAAGGAUGCUAAUUGGAUCAAAAAAAUACUAGGAAAAACCGAAAUGGUUUAUCCACUUUCCUACAACUUUUUCUGCUCAAAAUUGCUCACAUACACACCCAGCAUACUGCCUGUGGGAAGGCAUCUGUAAGUGAAAUCUUGAGCAAAAGAACUGUAGAAAAGUAUUUGAAAUCCUAUUUCAAACACCAUGACUCACUUGGUGUCCUCUGUGUGAAUCUAAAACAUUUCACUGAGUUCGUUCUAAUGAAUGUAUUCUUUAUACCAUGGAUGUGUAAAUGUAAGGUUGAUGUAUCAUUUGAGUUUCUGUUAUUUACCUUGCAUAAACAUUCAUUCAAGCCUA